AUGGAGGAUUUACCGCCCGCGGUUCAGGAAUCAGUGCGUGACAGAAAUUGCUUUCCCAGGCAGGAAGAGUGCGAAGAGUCUUUGUGCUCUGGGGCAGAGACAGUAAAUGUGGGAGUCAGCACAGAGCCUUGUCAUAGCACGUGGGAAGUAGAAACAGAUGAAGUUGUCCUACAGCGGCGGCAAAAGCAGAUAGACUAUGGCAAAUGUACACUUGGUUACCAGUGCUUUCUGCAGCAGGUUCCCAAAGCACAGCGACAACCAGGGAUUCACCCUCAAACACCAAACAAGAACAGGAGAUACAGCCGUCGUUCCUGGGAUGCUCAGAUCAAGCAGUGGAGAAAAGCCCUACAUACCUGGGACCCUCCCAGCCUGCCUCUUCAGGGCAAGGGGACAGAAAGGAAGGGAAAGGAGAGUCUCUUAGAAUCCAUGGGUUCUACUUCUCUGGAUGAACUCCUGGGUGACUGGCUCCAGGCCCUGGAACCCUCCAAGAAUCUGGAUGGAGGACAGAACACUGCCAAGUUUGCAGACUUGGUGGCUCCAAUUUCCUGCCCUCUCAGGCUCAGUGAGGAAGACAGCAAUUCGUGUGUCCCAGACUUGGAUACAGCAGAAAGCAUUUAA